AUGCGGCGCGGCGUCGGGGCAAAAGACGUCCAGUUCUUCUCGAAUGCUCAAGUACCGACAGGUGGCACUGGCCAUGGUCGUAAUGGCGGUCUUUUCUCCUCUUCCUCGUCUUCUGCUGGAGAUUCUGACGCCUCUGAUGGUGAAAAUACAAGUGAAAGAAGAGUUGGGGCCGUGCCGCCGCUACUAGGAGCUACGGCACGAAGUCAUUCAGCAACUUUGCUCUCCAAAUCGCACUCGGGGGCAGAUUUUAGACGACGCGCCAUGGUCUCGAUUUCUUCCACUAUGCUGAGCUCUUCUAUCGGUCCAGGGGAGAGUGUAGGCCAUGCAGGGGAAAGGAGAGGUCUUUUUGAACAGGACGACGAUAUUGGGGACUCGCUGGAGACAUUCCAUGAACGAGCAAAGCUUCGUCAGAGCAAGAAACUGUCCGAGUUGAAGGCAUUACGAGUGCAGCUAGAGACGGCACUGCAACGAGUAAAUGAUUUGGAGAUUCGGCUCGUUGAGACUACUAAGGAAAAGGAGGAGUUUGCUAUUCGUACGAAGGAGUGUCAACGCAUCAUCGAGAAACGAAACAAGCAACUAAUGAAGGCAAGUGAGAAGAUGGCACGGCGUUCAGAGCAGUAUGAAUUGCAGGUGGAUGGGAUACAGAACGAACUAGAAGCUGCAACUGCGCAGUGUGACCGACUACGAGCUGACGCUGCUACGAUGAAGGAGAAUGGCAAGAGAGAGUUGGAAAUGAGGGAACAAGCGCUGCAAGAAGAGAUGGACGUGCAGAAUAAACAGCACGAAAAGCUCUUGCGUACAGCAGAGGUACGAUAUCACGAGCAAAAAGCUGAGAAUGUGAUGCUUGCGAAGAAACUGCACGAAAUAGAGCAACAGCUGACGACUAUAGUUGCCCAAAAGCCAACACCGGCACAGGUGAUGGAGAGUGACGAAUAUCGAAACCUACUUAAGCGAUGCGAGGAUGCUGAGGCAAUUGGCCGUGGACUUGGAUUUCAGCUGGAGAAGGAGGUGCAGGAAAAAAAGUACCUUCGAACGCAGUUAGCAGCAUUUCAGAAAUCUAAAAGCGCCAAGCCUGCGCUCGUAACAGCGAAGUCAUUUGGAUGUGCUCCCGAUGCAACAUCGUUGGAGCUGGGCGACGAUGCUGGUACGGCAAACAAAGCCGUGGCGGCGAGUGCUGACGUAGCACCUGUGAUGAGUUUUGACGUUACUGCAGACACCAGAUCGUCUCCUACCAGCCCUGCGACAACAGCAAAGGUGACCCCCGCUGUAGAAGUCUCCUGUACCAGUGUGAUAUCAAGCCCCAGCCAAAAUCGCUCGCGAGGUCUUUCUGCAUCGAGUUUCACCGACGAUAGUACCAAACCAUCAGUAAGGGAAGGCAAACGCCGGGCUGCUUCCGCACAAUCGAUAACUUUUUCAGACCCGCCAGAUAAGCUGGCAGAAGAUAAAGCUGCUGCUGGCAGUGGCAAGUUAAUUGCCGCACCAGUGACUUUCUUUGGGAAGCUUUCAUCCAGAUUCAAGCGAGGAUCUUCUCCACAAAAUGGUCAAAAUGGUCCAAAUAGUUCCAACGAAGAACAUGAUGGGGUGACGGAGGGAGCGAUAGCAGGUGAGGUUGACAUUGCAUCGCCACUUUUCCCACGUCAAGUUUGGGGCCAAAAUAAGGUGUUGAAAGAGCGCCCUCGAAUGUACGUGGCUAAGUCUCCAUCUCACCACGAGGACGAGUCAAGUGAUAGCAUAUUUGGCAGUGAGUCAUCGAUAAGUGACUCAUCGGACGACGACAUGCCACCGCCACCGCCACCUCCACCAAUAUCCGAGCACAAAGCUCCGUCUUUGGUGACCCCUGCACUUCAUGUGGAUACUACUCUACGAUCGAUCUCAUCGGAUACAAGUGUAGAUGCAGGUUCAAGCAGCUCAAGUGAUGACGACAUCGAAAAGCAGGAGUGUCGCGAACAAGCGGACAUUUCGUCUCAAAUAUCGGAUCCGCUGGAAACGCAGGGGCUGACAAGAAAUCUGGGUUCGGUACAAACACCUAGCGGCGUACCAUUGCCAUCUUCGUCUUCCUCGUCCCUUUCAGAUGACGACUCCGAUGAACGUGACAUUGAGCACAGUCAGCCUUUUCAGGUGGACUUUAAGCAGGUUGGAAGCUUAUCGGCAUCGUUGUCGUCGUUGUCUCCUAGCUCUAGCGAUGGCGAUGACCAUGUCGUCGAGAUGGGUAAACUGAAAGCCCAUCGGGAAGUCCGGAACGGCAGUCUCACUGGCCAAGAUCACUACAGCAGGCGUUCAUCACGCUCGCCCACUUCGUCAAAGUCUCGAGAUAAGAGUCGCAGCUUGAGUGGACUUGACAAUCCACAUAGUUCAAGUAAAAGUCGCAUGAAUGAGUACAUGGAGGCCCGAGCUAGAAAGCGCAACGACAAAAUCAAGCUAACACAAGAAAAGGAGCACGAAGAAUCGAGAAGGAAAGAAGAGUAUGAAAAAGAAUGGGAGCAGAUGGCACAAGAGGAACGCGAGCGAAAACGCAAACAGCAGCAGGCGCGGCGCCAUGGAAGACGACGGCCAAUCAGUACGAAAACGGUGCGGGUUUCGCAGAUGCGGCAGCAGAUGAAUAACAAACAGCAACAAAAGGAGCAGAAGGAGCCUCCGUGGCCCCGGCCACCUCAUUCGAGCACCCCACCCCGCUCUCACGGUGACGAUGGCGUGGACGUCGAUGGCCGUCACUCCCAGAGCAAAAGUGAGAGCAAGACUUCGGAAAGCGAAGCAGAGGAAGAGCGUUCAUCUGUCUCUUUCUCGCCAUCUACAGACUCGCCACCGCUACCUCCCGAGCCUACCGCUGCUAGCACGGAGCUGUACCUUCGCCAACAAGCACGGUUGCGCGAGCGUCACGAAUUGGAGAUAAAGAAGAAAAUCGAGGCUACUGAAGCUGAUGCUGUCCGAGGCGAUAUACAUCGGCGCGUCGAGAUGUGGGCGUUUGGAAAGGAACUGCUGCACAUGAUUCUUACGUUGGAUCAGGUUUCUUUGAACAGCGCGCUGAAGAAGUGCCAAUUGAUGGUCGUACAGUCUCCCGACGAUGAAACCGUGCGGAAGGCCUAUCGAAACAUAAUCAGGGUCAUCCACCCCGACAAGUUGCGUGGUGCCACGAUCCCUGAGCAACUGGAGGCCAAGGAGCUCUUCACUGUGCUCAACCAAGCUUUCGAGAACUUCAAGAACCAGACCCGCUAA